AUGACCUUUAAACAGCGAGGAGCUUCCUGGGAGUGGGCGGGACUUCAUAUACAGGGAGAUGAUGAGGCGUGGCCUGUCGUUCUGACCAAUCAGCUUCAUCGAGGGGCGUGGUCACGACCAAUCCUCAGCUUGGAGAGAAGGCUGUCUCUGCCCACACAGCAUUGUGUCUUUGGACCUGUCUCUCCCUCUGAGCUCCUCAUUGAAAGGUGGCCUGUCUUACCGGCCCAGGUGAUUAAGGAAGUGUCUCCAUCUUUCUUCUCUUCUCGGUUUUCCUCCAGAUUCACUCUGCUGACAAACUGCAGACACAAGAAGCGAGGGAUGAGCGGAGGUGAAGUCUCGUAUGGACGAGCGUUGCUCCUGAGGACAAACACAACGACAGACAACAAACAGUGUGUGUGUGUGUCUGCAGACAGAGCAAUGGAGGACGAGGAGGAAAAAGAGGGAAGUGAAGAAAGAAGGAAAGAGAAACUUCCUGUCGCCUCCACACCUGUCCCGGGGUCGCCAUGGUGUGUGGUGUGGACUGGAGACGACCGCGUCUUCUUCUUCAACCCCACGAUACACCUGUCUGUCUGGGAGAGACCGGGUGAGCUGAUUGGUCGAGACAUCAGCUGCAUCAUCGAUGACCCACCGCACAAGAGGAAGAAGACCACGACAACUGCCAACGGCGGCUGUCAGUCAACUGGUCUCCAUGGAAACGAUGAAGAUGAUGAACAUGAGCACACCUCAAAGAGGAACAGAUCAGAGGAGACGAUGUCUCUCAUCCCUCGUCCAGGUGAAGUUAAGCUCCUCCCCCUGGAGCUUCGGAUCACUCAUUUUAGAGACAUGCUUCUGGAGAGAGGGGUGUCGGCGUUCUCCACCUGGGAGAAGGAGCUCCAUAAGAUGGUGUUUGACCCUCGUUACCUGCUGCUCACCUCAGACCAGAGGAAACAGGUGUUUGAUCAGUUCGUGAAGAGUCGGCUGAAGGAUGAGUACAAAGAGAAGAAGACUAAACUGCAGAAAGCCAGAGAGGAGUUCAAACAGCUGCUGGAGGAGGCCAAGAUCACCAGCAGGUCGACCUUUAAGGAGUUCUGCGGUCGUUACCGUGGUGACCAGCGGUUUGAUGCCCUCAACAGGAAGAAGGAACAGGAAGUGCUGUUUCAUCAUUACAUCACUUCCUUAAAGAGACGAGACAAAGAGAACAGAGCUCGGCUGAGGAAGAUGAGAUGAGAACCUCACAGAACCUUUGGAGAACCCAUCAAGGACCUUCCAAAACCUUCCAGGCCAUUCUCCCAGAACCUUCCAAAACCUUCCAGGCCAUUCUCCCAGGACCUUCCAAAACCUUCCAGGCCUUUCUACCAGGACCUUCCAAAACUCUACAGGCCUUUCUCCCAGGACCUUCCAAAACCUUUCAGGCCAUUCUCCCAGGACCUUCCAAAACCCUACAGGCCUUUCUCCCAGGACCUUCCAAAACCUUCCAGGCCUUUC